AUGGCACAAAACUCUUUCCCGGGGACUAACCCCUUCCUCGACACUAGCGCCAAAGAGAAAAACCCCAACAUUCAGAAAAUCUCAGAGGAGGAAGAAUUCGAGGUGACGUCACCAACCGAUGUGACAUUCAAACAGGCCAACACCGGUGGCGCGGCCAUCUUUGGAGGAAGUGCAUUUGCAGAGGGCGGUUCACCAGCCGGAACAGGUGCUGGAGCUUCACUUUUUGGCCGGAGUCCUUUUGACUCGGGGCCUCGAGGCGGGGCAGAUGGUGGCGACAAUGAGCAACCCGCUGCACUCCCGACUGGUUCAGCACACCACGGAUUUCCCAACAACUAUGCGCUGGGUCGGCGAACUUCGGUGUCGGCAGAGUCAUUGAACCCCACGUCUGCGGGAUCGGAUAGCUGGACACCUCCGCACCAUCCCAAGACCGAGGACCAGCUGGCCCGCUUGAAGACUGCGGUCAGCAACAAUUUCUUGUUCUCUCACCUGGACGACGACCAAUUCAAGACUGUUUUGGACGCUCUAGUUGAGAAACCCAUCCCGGCAAAGGAUAUCAAGGUGAUCUCCCAGGGCGAUGCGGGCGACUACUUCUAUAUUGUCGAGAAGGGUCACUUUGACAUUUACAUCCACCCUUCAGGCUCCGUGCAGCCAGGACCUGAUGGUCUGGGCAACAAGGUAACUUCCACUGGGCCUGGUGGUUCCUUUGGUGAAUUGGCCCUCAUGUACAAUGCUCCUCGUGCCGCGACUGUGAUUUCCACCGACGCGAAGAGCACCCUCUGGGCUCUGGACCGGAUCACCUUCCGACGUAUUCUCAUGGAUUCGGCUUUCCAGCGGCGCCGCAUGUAUGAGGCAUUUCUCGAAGAAGUCCCUCUGCUUUCCUCCCUCAAGCCCUAUGAGCGUUCUAAGAUUGCCGAUGCCCUGGAGCCUAUCAAGUACCCCGCCGGGGCGACCAUCAUCACUGAAGGCGACCCUGGCGACGCUUUCUACCUCUUGGAAGCUGGUGAAGCCGAGGCCUUUAAGAAUGGUGUGUCGGUGAAGAACUACUCCCGUGGUGAUUACUUUGGUGAAUUGGCCUUGCUGGAUGAUAAGCCUCGGGCGGCCAGCAUCAUCACCAAGACUGAUGUCAAGGUUGCCCGAUUGGGUCGGGACGGAUUCAAGCGACUGUUAGGACCGGUGGAGGAUAUCAUGCGUCGAACGGAGUAUCAAUUGGAUGCAGCCAACACCCCCGUGUCCAAAUGA